AUGUUAAAGGGUUUUGUAUUUCGCUUAGUGUGUUUGGUUCUAAUUUCUACUCUCUUCAGUAAAGUACACGCCUACACCCUGGACUCAGUUGCCUUUAACCUAACCGAAAAUGUUUUAGAAAAUCCUGAAGAAACUGGUCCCUAUUUAGAGGGGGACAUAAAAGACGAUAAUCCCAUCUACAGACAUUUGGCAUUUCAACGAAAUGGCAUAUUGAGUGCGUCAAUGCGAUGGCCGCAUGGCAUAGUACCCUACAUUAUUCGAGGGUCCUUUUCAUCACAGCAGCUGUCCAUCAUUCAUCACGCUUUUAACGAAUAUCACAAAAACACUUGUAUACGGUUUCAAAGGCACAGAAAUGAACACGACUAUGUUGUUAUUACCGACAAAGCUGAAGGAUGUUGGUCUAGUGUGGGUCGUAUGGGCGGCGAACAAGUUGUUAAUCUGGAAAGUCCCAAGUGUUUUUCAAAUUAUGGUACAACUAUACACGAAUUAAUGCAUGUUUUGGGUUUCUAUCACGAACAAAAUCGCUACGAACGUGACAAUUACGUACGCGUGCUCGAGGAUAAUGUCAAGGCUGGUAUGAUGGCCAAUUUCCAGAAGCUACCGUUUUCUUCGGCAACAUCAUUUGGAGUGCAGUACGAUUAUGCCAGUGUAAUGCAUUACAAAUCUACGAGUUUUUCGAAAAAUGGAAAACCAACACUGAUAGCCCUAAAGCCCUCACCGGACGUCGCAAAAAUGGGCCAACGUAGCGGCUUUUCCCCCGGCGAUAUAAAAAAGAUCAAUUCUAUGUACAAGUGCUAUUGA